GUGUAGUCACAGGUUCUUGUUCUUGCAAGCAAGCAAUACCGGUUUGGUCGUGGUUUCGUCUUAGUUUCUUUGUUAAUGGCGAUUGUGCUUGGUAGCAUUCUAGUAUCCUUUGUUCACGAUUAGCGUGCUUAGAUUUUCAAAAAUGUUGGAAAUAGAUAGAGAUUUUGAACGAAUAAGAUGGAUCACUGUUCAUGAAACCUCUUUCCUAGCUAAGUUUGUAUUUAAAAGUGAUAACUAUUCAAUAGUUAUGACAGAUUUGACUGAUGUUUAUAUUGAAACAUUGGAUCUAGAUUCUGUAUGUGCAAGGUUUGAUAAGAUCAAUCCCGGUGAAGAUAUUAAGCCAUUUGACAUCCUAAGCAGUCUUGGGAAGACGAUACGUGAUUAUUUGUAUAAAAAUGAAGGCUUUGUUAUUGUGAGAAAAUAUAAUGACAGAGCGGUUGAGAUUAAACUCCAAUUUCGUAUAAAUAAAGGAAUAUUUUUCUAUGCUAUGUUGCUUAUCAAGCAACCAGCUGAAAAGAUGUUUGAAUACGUCACAGGCCCAUUCAUUUUAUACGGCUGCAUUUCUAAAAACUGGUUGGAGUGUAAACAAUUUGAACAUGAUGAGCCACCACUUCUCGGCUUCAAGAGCACAACGGAUGCUGUCCAGUUUGAUUCAGCAUGGCUAACUAGCAUGGUACCUCGUGAAGAAAUCAUGAAAUCAUUUCUUGGAUUGCAAGGAAACUUGUACGAAUUACUUUCCGAAAAUAACUGUGCUAUGUAUUCAGGAUCAGGGUUUGACAGAUAAGUUGCUGAUCAUGUAAAGCAUUUUGAAGAAUUUUGUAUUUUUUUACAAUAAACAUUUGUCUUCUCUUGGA